CCUCAGGCCUAGAAGCCCCCCAGUAUCGCCCCCACGCCCCCAGCAUCGUGUCCCUCGCCCCCCAGAAUUGAUACCCCAGGACCGGGCCCACCCUGGAUCGGGUCCCCGCCCCCCAGGAUCGGGUCCCCCUCCACUAUUAACACCCCCAGGACCGGGCCCCUCGGGCCCAGGGCGGCGCUGCGCAGCAUUGUUCGGCCUCUCACAGAACUGGGAAUUGAGCUGCCCCAGUCCCCCAAAUGUUGGGAGCCCCCCCCAGGGUGGGGGUCGAGCUACCUCCUUUCCCCGUGACAUGCAGGAGCGUUGAAUUGGGGCGUCCUGAGUCUGACCUCGGCAGCAAGAUGCUCGCCUCAAAACAGGCCGCCGCUUGGUUGUGCGGUCAUGGCACCGCUGUGGUUGGCAAGCAGCCAGCUCCUGGGUCUGGAAACGCAGGCAAAGUGGGGCUGCCCUUGUUGGCUUCUCCCAAAGAGCUUCCGCAGUGCAAUUUUCAUUAAUUUGAGAGGUUUGUUUCCUUACAACACACAGAUUAGAUGUCCUGUGUGCCCCUGACCUGCAAGAAAGGGUUUGAAGAUAGGGAUGCUAAGAUUGAACCGNUCUUCGCUUCUUAAUAUGUGAGCGGUGCCCCAACCCGAGUGCCGUGUCUGCUCUCCUAUUGACUUGUUUUCUUCUAGGCUUUUCUUCCUGGAAAGUUAGCCAAAAAUGUCUACUUCCAUUCAGCUUGUACUUGUUUUUGCUGUUUUUCAGAUCAGGUACGCAAAGGGGGAUCUCUUUUCAUGCCCCAGCACGGACUCGUUGGCUCACUGUAUCAGCGAGGAUUGUCGCAUGGGGGCUGGCAUAGCCGUGCUGUUUAAGAAAAAGUUUGGUGGCGUAGAAGAGCUCUUGGAUCAGCAAAAGAAGUCUGGGGAGGUAGCAGUUCUGAAGAGAGGUGACCGAUAUAUUUACUACUUGAUUACAAAGAAGAAGGUCUCCCAUAAACCAACGUAUGAGAAUAUGCGAAAGAGUUUAGAGGCCAUGAAGACUCAUUGUUUGAACAAUGGGGUUACUGAUAUUUCCAUGCCUAGGAUUGGAUGUGGACUUGACCGCCUGGAAUGGAGUAAGGUUUCAGCGAUACUUGGAGAAGUAUUCGAGGACACGGACAUAAAGAUCACAGUUUACACCCUCUGAACAAAGGGGCCUUUAUGGGGAUGGUUGUCUUAUUUCUCCUGUUUUGGGGAGAGGUGAUUUGUUAAUUGAUGGAUGAGGAAUGGCUGCAUAUGAGGCACAGCCCAGUCCUCCCUUUCCAGGUAUAACUCAUUGUUGGGUUCAUGUUUUCCAAUGGAAGGUAGCUAUUCUCUGAAAACAGCUAGUGUGGAAUAUGGCGUGCAGACUUCCAGUGAAGAAGUAAAGCAUUUAAUAUUAAUCUUCAGGGUCAUGUAUAUCCCUCAGGGAUUCUCACCUGCGAGUUGCACAGUGAGUCACCUGAUGUCACUGUUCCUCCGUUGCCCCAUCUGCUAAACACUAUUGAAAAUGGUUAUUGUAUGUAGCUGUAUAACAUCUUUUGGCAUUCUUAAUAUUUUGGGUCUUUGAACCUGAGUUUGUAUGUAUUUUACUCUGUUUUACAGAAUGGGUAGGUGAAGAGUUAUGUAGCCCUGUCGUUUUGAUUUAAAGUUUUACAGUGUUCAUGUCAUCAAUGAGGCUUGUUUUCCUUUGUCUGUUGAAUGAUUAAAAUUAAAGUAUUCUUUCAAACAGAAGCGAUGUUUCAUGCUUUUCCAGAUGUAUGCCUCUUCAACAUCAUACUCUCAAGCCUUGCUUUUCUACUUUUGAGACCAGGGUGUAAUCCCCGUGUUGUAACCCAUGCCUGUGUUUACCUUUCUUUUAACUACAUUUUAGAGAAGCCUGAAUGUUUAAAGAAAACAUAGUUUGUGUGUGGAACAAAGGUAUUAGGUAGUACUAGUUGGUACAGUAAUCCGUGCACCAGUGCCUGGGAAGGAAUGGAUAAGUGUCAAAUGUAAAGGUGUAGUUGUAGUUUUCUUCAGUUGUUUUUCUUACCGAAAGUUUUUAUGGAGUUCUAACUGUGGCAGUAUGUAAGGAUUGAUCUGUUUUUACAUUUGUUCUUGUUAAGCUGCAGUGAGCAAAUG